AUGCGGUAUUCGACGAACGGAAUGAUAGAUAUCAAUGCUUUUCCUUUUUGUGAGCUGGUGAACGUGGUGACAGGCUCCGCCUCUUAUGUCACGAACACCUGGGGGUGGGGGAGGAAUGGAUGGACUUUUCUAGCCCUGGGGCCUAAAUCCUUUGAGUGGAGUGGACAUGUGGGCAACAACGAUCGAUUUCCCCGAGGAGUGCCCGAAAAGUACGUCUGGCAGGAGGAUGUUAUUUUUGCGCUGAUGAUAGAUGCCUCUACGGAGAAUAUGGCCGGUUCUCAACUUGAUGAGCAGGCCGGUCACCUCCGCCAACUUCUACAAUAUCGGCACACCAGUCUCGACAGUGACUGGCCACAUAUGGUCACACAGGAUCCGGACCAAGCAUUCUUGGAUGCAUACCACUACCAGCUCGCACCCAUUGCCUACACUGCUAGUUUAGCACACUACCAUCGUCCUCCCAGUCAUGCGCAGUCUCUUCAAACCGUUGAUCCGCAACCUGAUCCACAAAAUGCUGCGCAAUGA